AUGUAUGCAUUCGUCGCAGAGGAAAUCGCUGCUCUGCGUAAGCAACUUGCACUGUUGACUGCCGAGGUUAACGAAAUGCUUACUCAGGAGCAACUUCCAAAUACACGAUCCAGAGCACACCGACACCAUCGUCCUCGGAAAGUUAAAAAAUUCGACUAUUGCUGGUAUCAUUCCAAAUUUGGCGAAAAUGCGCGCGCAUGCGCAUCCGGCUGUAAAUGGCAGGGAAAUGCCACUGGGACCGAGUUUCUCGUGGACACUGGCUCUGAUUUAUCAGUUUUUCCUCGCGGCUCGAUGAAAUCGCAAACAACUCCCAUAGGUUGUCAGCUUUAUGCCGCAAAUGGCACGAUUAUUGAAACCUAUGGUUUAUCAUUACAAACACUAAAUUUCGGACUGCGUCGAGAUUUCACGUGGAAUUUUAUUGUAGCCGAUGUCACCAAACCGAUACUUGGGGCUGAUUUUUUGAGUCAUUUUGACUUGCUAGUCGACCUCAAACGUAAAUGCUUACGCGACGGCAUUACAGGUUUGACAUCAUCCGGUUAUUUCCACGUAACAACAGCAUUCGACAAAAUCAAGGCUGUGGGCGGUGAUUCCAUUUAUAUGAAAUUGCUACGUGAGUUCGCAGAGAUCACACGACCUGAUCCGUCCAUCAAUGAAAAAAGAAAACAUUCAACGGUGCACUACAUUCGUACAAUACCUGGUCUACCUGUUUCUAGCGAAGCCCGUCGCUUAUCGCCUGACAAAUUAAAAAUUGCUCAAGAGGAGUGCCGUAAAACGAUUGAGCAAGGCAUUUGUCGGCCAUCGCAGAGUGCUUGGUCUUCGCCAUUACACAUGGUCCACUAA